UCUAUGGCAGGCCAUUUUAACAUUAAAAGGCUAGACUGGAUGUGUGUUGCAGAUAUCUUUAUUUGAGUUUUGCCUAGUCAAAAAGAACAUUUCAGAUAUCCGCAACUACAUUCUUCCUAUCCGUAAUCGUAAUUUUAGAUAUCCUCAAAGAUAUUAUUCCUAGGACAAAUGACAUCACUUUCACCAUUCAUUUGUAUGGGGUUUACAAUUACAGAUAUCUACAAUUCAGUUGCAGAUAUCCACUUCAUGAAUUACGGAUAUCUGUAACUGAAUUGUAGAUAUCUGUAAUUCAAGUUUCAGAUAUCUACAUUUUCAUUCUUACUAGUCAAAACUCAAGUUAAAGAUAUCUUUAAUUCAAGUCAAUUUCAGAUAUCUACAUGUUCCUUUUCAGAUAUCUUAAAUUAAGUUUUGACUAGGCGAAAUGACGUUGUAGAUAUCUGUAACUGGAAUUAUGACUAGUCAAAAUGACGUUGUAGAUAUCUCAAACUGGAGUUAGGGAUAGUCAUAAUUUAAUUGUAGAUAUCUAUAAUCAAGUUACAGAUAUCUUGAAAUGAAAUUUGAAUAGAGAUAUCUGAAACUUGAGAUAUCUGUAAUGUUCAUUUAGGAUAGUCAAAAUGUAAUUACAGAUAUCUUGAAUUAGAGUUUUGACUAGGCGAAAUGACGUCACAGAUAUCUGUAUGCAAAUUAGGUCCGCAUCGCACUUUAGGGGAGGAGCAGAGCGUGUUGUUGUAAUCAUUCAAAUCGCACCUGCUUGUAGUUAGCACUGAUUAGCACCAUGUCGGAGCAGCCAGCAGUCGAAACUGUUUUUAAUCGUCUUUUCAAUGCUGCAGCACGUGCUAGACAGGAGCUGGCGGCAAGUAAUGAUUCAACCUUACUUUCCACAACAAGACGACUAUUUCGCCGGCGAAUACAUCUUGUUCGAGAAGGAUCUGGUGGCCGCAGGGAAAACCCUAUUUGGCAGGCAAAACUUUUCCUCCUUCCAGGGCCAGAUAAUGGUUUUCUGCCCCCCACAACAGUACUUGAGGAACUGGCAAAACAUGGAUUAGGAAAACCUGUGCACGAGUCAAUGGAGGCCGGACGCACCAACUCAAAGAUUGGGUUAAACUGGAGUUUAUCUGAAUUAAACAACUUUGUUUGCCAAAGCUACCCUCGCAUCAGUUUAAAUUUGGUAGGCUUUGAAUUGGCAAGGACCGGCAAAGGACGCAAGAUCCAGAAAUUGCAAGUUAGUUCUGUGAAGGAACUUAAAGCUGUUGUUGGCAAAAGCAGGCUUUACAUCGUGCCACGAGCCACUGUGUUGCAGGUAACAUCACCACCCUCUGCCAUGUCCCUGAAGUCAUUCGCACCACUCGCAGCUCCAGCAGUAGAUGAGACCUCUCAAGUGGUUUCAGAUCAGGUGGCAUCCACAUCCUCUGCCAUAUCCAUAAAUUCAUUCCCACCACUCUCAAUUGCUCUGGUACAAGAUGAGACCGGGCCUGUGGCUGAGAGUACCCAAGCUCAAAGUGUGGUUGCAAAUCAGGCUCUCCAAGAAUGGCGAGCAAUACGUGCACAGCAAGACCAAGACUAUAAUACAAGUUUGUUGGUGGAUGAGGAGAAGGAGAGGAAGAAACUAGUCUAUCAGGCUUGUGAGGAAAGACGUCAAAAGGCUAUUGAGGCAAGACGUCAGCGAAUGUCUGCAUGUGAGGAACCCUCAGAUGGGGUGUUGAUCAAAUUUAAAUAUCCAAAUGGACACACCAAUAUGAGGAAAUUUCGUUUGUCAGAGCCAAUCCAGAUCUUGUUUGACUUUGUGGGACAAGAUGAUAUUGCCAGUGAAAUCUUUGUGGUGCAAGAAGCUGCAUCAUCAAGAUCAGUUGGGAGCAGUUCCUCUGGGUCAAUAAUGGAUUAUGGUAUUACAGCAUCCUCAACUCUAUAUGUGCUUUGGUUUUCAAAUAAGGAUGUACAGGUAAAUGUGUUGCAUUUUUAUUUCCUGACUCAAAUGAAAACUGAAUGUGUUUUCAUUUGUGCAAGCUCAUGUAUUCUGCAUGUUUGUCUUCAGGAAAUUCUCUCAGAUCAACAAACUGGAGCUUAUGCCCUACACCCUACAUCUCACAGUCAGUCAUCACUCCCUGAGACCUCCACCCAGCCAAGUCUCUCUGAGCCCUGCGACCGCUCUCUGCUGCCUGAGCCCUGCGACCGCUCUCUGCUGCCUGAGCCCUCCACCCAGCCAAGUCUCUCUGAGCCCUUCGACCGCUCUCUGCUGCCUGAGCCCUGCGACCGCUCUCUGCUGCCUGAGCCCUGCGACCGCUCUCUGCUGCCUGAGCCCUGCGACCGCUCUCUGCUGCCUGAGCCCUCCACCCAGCCACUGCUCACUCUGUUCUCACAACCACCAGAAAUCCUGACUCUUUAUGAUGAACCAUCACCUUCUCCUUCUUCUGUCCAAGAACCAAUCAUUAUUCUUGAUGAGCAAGAUGAGUCUGUUUCACAAAAUCAAUCACGUGUAUCAACACAUCACAUCGGAGGACCUGUGGAUGAGUGAGUUUUUCUCAUUAAGUUGAUUUUAUAUUUUUCUAGUGUAUGUAGAUGUUUUUUCUAUAUCAUUUUACAUUUAAUCAGGUGGUAAAAUAAAAUGCAUUAACUUCUUUGUUUGCAGAAUUGAUCUACAGACCAUAUUGAAAAAAAUGGUCAGCAAAGUUGAUGAGAGAUUCUGUCCAACAAGCAACCAAAUAAAUGUGUGCAGGGAUAAUGUUUUACUUUGUAGCCUGCGGGCAUUCAAGCGUAGGUUCUUCAACCCUGAAGCAAAAUUGGAUGUUGUGUUUGUGGAUGAAGAUGACAAUGGUGAAGGGGCAGUUGAUGAAGGUGGCCCGACUAGAGAGUACCUAAGGCUGUUGAUGAGGGCCGUCCACCAGUCAAAUAUUUUUGAGGGACACGAGAAAGACCGGCAGUUGUCUCUUGAUACUCAAGGUAGGGAAGCCCAAAUUCUUAGGACUGUACUCCUUCAACUGGCACAAUUCUAGAAAUGUAUAUCACUGAAACAUGAUUGCUCCUUUAUUUCUCCUCUGAUUUGUUUGUUCUGAUUGUUUUUUUAUGUAUUGGGCAGGUUUCUUCAUUUGUUUAUUGUCUUUUUAGUUAUUUUGCCAUGAAUUUGUUAACUCUUGGUUAGGAUUUUUCCAUGAUUCUUCAUUUCUUUAAUGUACUGAAUCACCUUUUUGAAGCAUGGUUUGAAAGGUGCAAUAAAGUUGUAGUAGCACUAUUAUUAAUCAGAGCAUUUGAAGGUGUUAAAUGAACAAGCAUUACAGCAGAGCAAGAUUUGACUGUUCUUUCUUUCAUUUUAGCUUUGCAGACUAAACUGUACAUGUGGGUGGCAAAAAUGAUUGCUGUGUGUGUGGUCCAUGGAGGAGUCGGUCCACAUUUCUUUUCCGAAAGACUUUUCAAUCAAAUCUGUGGGAUACCAACCCCCCCGGCCACGGUGGAUGAAGUUGGUGACCAUGCUUUCAGGGAACAGUUAAUAAAAAUACAGGAAGCAACAACAGUCCGAGAGGCGAACGGUGCAAUUGCAGAGGCAGCAGAUAGUCUCAGCAUUAUAGGUGCCUUAAGACAUGUGUCCAGCAUGGAGGAGAAGGACUCCCUUGUCCAGUCAGCUGCAGACUUCUUCGUCAAUGGAAGAUUGGCGACUGCCCUGGACCAGUUUGUUGAGGGGUUAAAAACACUUGGUUUACUGGACGAGCUGAGGAAGAAUCCGGCAGUGUUCUACAAUAUGUUUGUCAGUGAGGAGAUUCCACUGCAGGCGAAGGACCUAUGCACUUUAUUUGAUGUGGACUUCUCUGUGCAAGGCAGCAACAGGAGAGACCGAGAAAACAUGACAAUAUGCUUUUGGCGUGACUGGUUAAUUGAUAUUGAAGAAGGAGAAUGCAGUCCAGUCACCCUAGAGAAGGUAUUGGAGUUUACAUCUGGAGCUUCAACAGUGCCUCCACUGGGAUUUCCACACCGUCCACAAAUUCAGUUCCUUCAUGAGGGCAACAGAAUCUUCCCAGAAGCAAAUACUUGUAUUAUUGUACUCCGCCUGCCACUGCACUCUUCC